AUGACGUCUCAUGAAAAUUUAUCAUCAACCAUUGCGCUAUUAGAUGCUCUUACGACAACUGUUUAUAACAAUACUUAUAUAAACAAUUAUAUUUUACAAGAAAAAGCUAAUUUUUUAUUUUCCCCAUCAAAAAAUAAUGUUCCUUUAUAUUUACAUGACAAAAAAGAUGAUGUUUUGGUCAAAAAUUUAAAAGUUAUUGGUAGCUGUAGAAUUUGUAAAAAAACAUUUCUAAAACACAUUGAUAUGAUUCAUCAUAUUGUUGAUCAUUAUCCAAAACAAUUUUAUUCAUUUGAUAUUACCAAAGCAACAACCACGUUAAUGGACAAUGAUUCAUGUCAAAAUCAUUUUAAUAACAAAAAAAUUAUUUAUAAAAAAGAAAGAAUAUUAAGAAAUAAAAAUAAAUUUUUAUUAAAUUAUGAAGAUUUAAUAAGUGAUCUCGGUUAUGCUAUGUGUUCAAUAUGUUAUCAAACAUUUAAUACUAAUUAUGAAUACCAAAAUCAUAUCAAUCAUCAUUUAAUGAUGAUAAAUUCAAUUAAAACUUCUCAAACAAAUAAAAUACCUUAUAAUAUACCAUUAGAUGAUAAUUUAUUUACAUUAAAUAACUUUUUAACCAAUUCAACUAAAAAGUGUACUAAAUGCAAUCAACAUUUUUAUAGUUCAUUUGAUCAUAAUCUUCAUAUGGGACAACAUAAAAAGUAUUCUUAUGAUUGUAAAGAUUGUGGAAAAUGUUUUGAAACGCGGAAAAAAUUAUCUCUUCAUAAUAAAAAUCAUAAAAAUGAAAUAUUACCAUAA